ACCAGCAGUAGCAGCAGUGACAGUGGGGGCAGCAGCGAUGACGAGGACGAAGAGGAUUGGAGCGGCGCCGACAGCGGGUGCGCCGCCAAGCGCCGCCGCUCGGAGGGUGCUGUCAGGGGCGGCGCGCGCAAGCGCGGCGGCGGGGGCGGCGGGAACUACAGGAGGAGCGGCGGCAGCGGCGGCGACGGCUUGACCAGCGACACUACCAAUAAGGGAGAAGAGGAUGGGGACGGCGCUGGGGCCGCCGGCCCCAAACUCGCUCGCGGCCGCCGCCGGAGCGGCGGCACAUCCGGCCGCGGCGGCAGCGGCGGCGGCGACGGCGGCGGGGCCGACGGCGGCGGUCGCGGGCGUGGGCGGGGGCGCGGGCGGGGCAGGGCCAAAGAGGCGCGCAAGCCUGCCAGAGUGGUCGAGGGGGAUGAGAGAGCUGAGGCGGCAGGGGCAGGCGGCGGCAAGACGGCACACGUGCCGCCGGCGGUGCUGCAGAGGAUACAGAAGAUGCUGGCGCUGGCGAU